GGAGACGGGCGGGUGUGAGGGAUCGGGUGCCGGGGAAACCCUCUGGGCGCGGCGGAGGGUGUGUGGGGCGUGUUGUGCUUUCAGAUUUGCUGUGAUCGCCAGUGCGAUUCAAAGCCGGGGCUGCUCCUGCCGACUCCUGACCGUUCGUGAGGGAACCGGGAAGAUGGUGAAUGUUCUGAAAGGUGUUCUGGUGGAGUGUGACCCAGCAAUGAAGCAGUUUCUGCUCUACUUGGAUGAGUCAAAUGCUUUGGGAAAGAAGUUCAUCAUACAAGACCUGGAUGAAACUCAUGUCUUUGUAUUAGCUGAGUUGGUCAACUUCCUUCAGGAGAGAGUGGGAGAGUUAAUGGACCAGAACUCGUUUCCUAUUACUCAGAAGUGAGAAAUACCAGCGAAAUGAGAUUACUGCAAGUUUUGGACCAGUGAAUUUCAAUAGUUUGCGUUGUUACUGUUUUAAUAGGUAACACUGUGGCAUGUAAGUUCUACAUAGAAGUGGAUAC